AUGGACGGGCUCGGGACUAAUCCGAGGACACUCGCCAUUGACCAAUGGAUGGAGAUUGUUAACGGUAAGGGUUACGGCGUUGGUGGAGAAAACCAGUUUCACUCGACCAAGUCAGGCACGUCAGAUUUUAAGCUGCCUAUCCCACCUCCACCGGGAGGAGUUCCGACCACACAUACGAGUGCUCAUGUUCCUGUUCCAUGGAGUUUCAUCACCCCUGAAACGAAGAGAAAGAAGAGAAUCGCGACGUACAAGGUUUACGCGAUGGAAGAUAAAGUUAAAACUACGGUUAAAAAAGGGUUUCAUUGGAUCAAGAACAGGUGCUCCCAGAUUAUACAUUAA